AUGGGUAUCAAUAAUCCAAUUCCUAGAAGUCUGCACAGUGAGACUAAGAAAGCUGCCAAGAUUUUGGCAAGUUUUGUGAAACCCAACCAAGUGUUUGGUGCUGACCAAGUUAUUCCACCACAUGUGCUUAAGAAUGCCAAGGGUUUGGCUAUUAUUACAGUGUUGAAAGCUGGGUUCCUGUUCUCAGGUAGAGCUGGGUCAGGUGUCAUUGUGGCCCGUCUGAGGGACGGGUCCUGGUCUGCACCAAGUGCCAUUGGUAUGGCUGGUGCUGGUGCUGGUGGUUUGGUGGGUGUAGAGCUUACUGAUUUUGUUUUUAUCUUGAAUACACCGGACGCAGUGAGGUCGUUCUCAGAGUUUGGUACUAUCACUCUUGGUGGUAAUAUCUCUGUCUCAGCUGGUCCAUUGGGUAGAAAUGCGGAGGCAGCGGCCUCUGCCUCAGCAGGAGGUGUGUCAGCAGUGUUUGCAUACUCCAAGAGUAAAGGUCUGUUUGCAGGUGUGUCCUUGGAAGGUUCUGUCAUCCUGGAGAGAAGAGAGGCUAACCGUAAAUUUUAUGGUAACAACUGUACCACUAAGAUGAUAUUGUCUGGCAGAAUUAGACCACCACCAUCAGUAGACCCGCUUUUCAGAGUGUUAGAGUCUAGAGCCUUUAACUAUAGGUCAUCAGGGGAUGAUUACGAAGACAGUGACUAUGACGAUGACUACUAUGAUGAUAUCCCUAGUUCAUUCACUUCGGAUGAUACUUCUAGAUACAGUAGAUCUGGUGCAGCAAGACGUGACAGAAGAAACGAUGAUGAUCGCUAUGAUCGUAUAGGCAGUCGCGGAUCAAGGAGAGACAAGUAUAGAGAUGAUGAUGAUUUUGAUGAUGAUUUUGAUGACCCUUCAGGAGCCAAGGAUUACUAUGCUAAUCAUCGUAGAGGUGGUGCUUCGAGUGCCAGAAACCAGAGAAGUUCAUACUAUGAUGACGAUUAUGAUGAUGAUUAUAGAGGCGACAGUCGUAGACAUGGUGACAGCAGGCGCGAUGUUGAUGAUUUGUCUAACAGGUUCUCAAAAUCAAGGAUAUCCCCCGGUGCCACAAACAAUGGUAGAUCGAAUAGCAGACCAGCUGAUGAACCACCAAGAAGAGAUGCCUCUUCUGGUGCUCCAAAAGCUGUAGCAUUGUACAGCUUUGCUGGAGAAGAAGCUGGCGAUUUGUCAUUCAGAAAGGGUGACGUUAUUACUAUCAUCAAGAAGUCUGACUCACAGAAUGAUUGGUGGACUGGUAAGGUCAAUGGCAGAGAAGGUAUUUUCCCAGCUAACUAUGUCGAACUGGUAUAG